AUGAGGCUCCCCUCACUGUUAGGGCCUGCGACGGUUAUUCUCACGUCGAUUUUUCAACCGUCUGCAGCCCAGGAAUUGUCGUUUACUUCCGUUUCGAAACCCGACCUUGAUCUUUCUUCGUUAGGACGAGUCGCUUUUACCGGAAAUUUUGAUGCGGUUUCGAUUUAUUCUUACACCAACCAGUCGGAAACGACACUGAACCACAAUGGAUCUCAAUCGAUUUUGACACCUCUCCCAAAUGGCGUGCUUACGUCGCUCUCGAAUGCAGACGCAGAAAUUCUCGCCAUGUGCCCUUUUACCAACAAGGAUGGAAAGUAUUCUGGUAUCUUUGUGGGCGGAAAUUUCACCAAUUUGGGUGGGGUCAAGGCUGAGGGCGUGGCUAUGUUUAAUCUGAACUCGAACGAAGUCACUGCCUUGCCUGGAAUCAACGGAUCCGUUUCAGCUUUGCUAUGCGACCAGGAUACAAACAGUGUUUAUGUUGGCGGAGAUUUCAACUACAAGAACACAACGAACGCUGUCGCUUGGGUCGAUGGUAAGGGCUGGUCGCGUUUGCCUUUUGAUGGACUCAAUGGACCGGUUACGUCGAUUUUGAAGGACGACGACGGUCACAUCGUUUUUGGCGGCUCUUUUGAUGGCAUCGGAAACUCGACAUCAACCAAGAAGACCGGACAAGUGAUCAACCUCUCGAAUGCAACGAUUACCUCCGACGCGCUCUCUUCGAAAGAUGGAUACAGUAGCCCUAAGAAUAUCAUCUGUCAAACCGGUGGCGAGGACGGCGAAGGAAAGACGUGGUUGCUCGACGACUAUUCCCCCGGAUUCUGGCGCGCGGACAUGAACUUCACCUAUAACCCAUCGAGGAUUCGUCUCUACAACACCCAUUUCGAAGGAAGAGGCACAAAGUCUUUCCUGUUCAGAGCUUUGCCGGACAAUGGCAUCAUGAACCUUACCUACACCGAUUCCGACAACAAGAAUGUCUCCUGCGACGCUUCAUGCCCGCUCUCCGACAACUCCGAUGAAGAGUACCGCGAAUUCCGUUUUGUGAACAAUGUUGGCAUGAAGGGUUUCCAAUUGGAGGUUCUUGAUUGGUACGGACAAGGCGCUGGUCUAAAUGGUAUUGAAGUCUUCACAGAUGACAUCUACGCCUAUGCUAUCAACGACUUUAAUGAGCCGACAUGCGCAGAAUCCAAGUACCCCUCUGAGGCUAAACAGUCUGGCUCGUGGAGUGUUACUGGAUCUGGACAGUCCAACUAUUUGACCGCCAAAGCUACAGGAUCCGAUGCGACCAGCACAUCUAUUGUCUUCGAGCCGGAUGUCCAGCAGUCGGGAAACUACAGUGUUCUUCUUUACACCCCUGGUUGCACAGAAGAUGGAACCUGCGAUGCGCGUGGUAUUGUUAACGUGACAGCCACUGUCAGUACCGACGACGAUCCCGUCUCCACCGACCUCUACCAGACCAACGACUAUGAAAAGUACGAUACCAUCUAUACCGGUCAUGUCGAUGCUAGCAGCAGUUCUUUCCGUCCUAGCGUGACCUUGACUCCUAAACCUGGCCAAGGUGACAUCACCGUGGUGGCCUCGCGGGUCAAAUUCCAGUUGAUUAAGGCAUCGAAGGGAACCAGCGGAGACGGAGACUUGAAUGGCCUCUACGAUUUUGACCCAACUUCCAAGACCACCAACACCAAUUUCACCGAGUCGGUUAUCAAUGAGGCGGGACUUGAGCUUGACCACGGAGCGUCGAUCACGGCCUUGGCAAUACAUGACAAAGUGAUCUACGCUGGAGGCAAUUUCUCUAAAUCGGGUAUCAGCAACAUCAUGUACUUUGAUGAUGGUAAUGCUACCGCGAUGCCCGAAGGAGGCUUGAACGCCCAGGUCGCUUCGAUGGCGGUACUCGAUGAUCUCCUUUAUGUCGGAGGCAACUUCACGGAUUCGUCUGAUGGUGGAAACAGCAAUUUGCAAAACGUCGCAGCCUAUUCCUUUGAUUCUAAAGCUUGGGUGGCACUUGGAGGAGGAGUCAAUGGCCCCGUUAGCUCUGUUCUUGAAUUCCCCCUCAACGUUUCUACCGAAAUCAACGAGACAACCGUUGCCGUGAGUGGUCGCUUUGACGAGUUGCUUGCCUUUGACGACACCCCGGCAGUGCAUGCGCCAGGGUUUGCCAUUUGGGUUCCCUCCCGGAAGAACUGGCUCCAGAACCUCAAUGUUACUCAGUCGGAGUUUGUUGGACAAUUGUCGACCUACGCCACAGCUGAAAACACAACUAUCAUUGCCGGAAACUUUGUUUCUAACGGUCUCGCCGCCGAUGGAGCUGUAUCGCUAGUUGAUGAUGUCGAACUGGAUCUCCUGCCUUUGCUGAGCAACACGAAAAUUAACAGCUCUGGUGGCGGAGUCCUCACUGGCGUGUAUGAUACCAGCUCGAAGCGUAACCUCACGAUCCUUGGAGGCCAGUUCAACAUCACUACCAACAACGGGUCUACCGUGGAGAAUCUUGCUCUAAUUGACGGCAACCACAACAUGAUCAGCGGACUGGGCGCGGGUGUUGAUAGCAACUCCACAUUCAUGUCCUUACUCGUCUCUAACAACACCCUCUGGGCUGGUGGCAAUGUCACUGGUACUGUAAAUGGCAAUCAGCUGGCGGGAUUUGUCGCAUACGAUUUGAGCAACAGUGAGCUCGUUAAGGAGCAGCCCCCCGCUCUUAACGGAGGCAAUGUAACUGUCAACUCUAUCGCUAGUCGCCCGAGCUCUGAGGAGAUUUACUUCGGAGGUAGCUUCAAAUCUGCCGGGAACCUUCCAUGCCCCAGUGUUUGCUACUACGACCCGUCUGCCGGCCAAUGGAGCCGACCUGGAGUGGAUCUCGAAGGCACUGUUCUUUCGCUUAAAUGGACUAACAGCCAAAACUUGAUGGCUAUUGGUGACCUCAAAGUGAAUGAUGAAAAGACAAAGAUUGCAACCUACAACGUCAAGGAGCAGAUGUGGACCUCCUUCAAGGGGGCAUCUGCCACGGAGAUCCCAGGCACAGUCACUGCCUUUACACCCGCCAGUACGGACGUUUCGACUUUCUGGCUCGCUGGACAAUCUACCAAUGGCUCGAGCUUCAUCACUAGCUACGAUGGAUCUAAAUUUGUGCCAGCCGGAGAUCUUUUCGACGAUGGAACGAUCAUUCAGGGCCUGGAGGUUAUCCCUAUCUCCUCAGACCACAAGUCCGAUGAUUACCUCAACAAGGAUCUAAUUCUUAUUGUCACUGGCCAGCUUGUGAUUCCUGAUUUUGGCAAUGCAUCUGCAGCAUUGUUUGACGGAAUUGACCUGACCCCUUUUAUGCUCUCCUCGAAAUCCAAUGGACAGCCGGGCACUAUGUCACGGUUGUUCAUGGAAAACCAAAACCCUUACACCCGCGGUGGCAAUAACCACCACUCCAACGGGAUCGUCGUGUUGAUCUCUUUCUGUCUUGCACUCGCCUGCGUUUUCCUCAUCGUCAUUGCCGGUGUCAUCAUGAACAAGAUCCAGCGCCGUCGCCAGGGCUACAUGCCUUCUCCGCAAGCGUAUGGAACUGACCGGCCUACGAACAUGCAGCGAUUGCCUCCAGAGUACCUAUUCAAUACUCUGAAGCAGCCAAACCCAGGUGCACCCGCAAUCUGA